UAUCUUCUAUCCUCAUGAUCAUGCGCGAUUAGAUUUAUUCUGAUAAUGUUGCAUCAAGUUAAAUGGACGAACUAAACGUGCGGCUCUACCGCCGAGAGAUUCUUUCUUAACACAUUUACUGUUUUAAUAUUAAAUAUAUCAAUUUAAUUUAAUAAUGGCAUUAAGUUCAACAAAAGGUGAAAUACCAGAAAAUGUUAUUGUUUUAACCCAAAAAGAGGCUAUUGCAUAUCGGUGGAAACAAAUCUACAAUUGGAAACCGCAAAAAGAAGUGUGGCCUUUAUCAUAUGGGGCAGCACUUCUUGGAGGUGUCGCAGCAUUAUCAAGUUUUUAUAUUAAUACUAGAAUUAGGAAAAUAAUAAAAUUACGUACCUUUGGUUCAAUUGCUUCUGCUAUUCCUAUGACAGUAUGUCCAGCACUGAUUACCACUUUAGCUCAAAUGGAGAUGGUUUCAGAAAAAGUAGUUUUACCAAUGCAAACUUGCCCUUUAUGUCUCGAAAUGAGAUCGAUACUUGUUCAGAAUACUUGCGGCAUACUAUAUCCUUUGGUCUUGUCACCGGUAGUAAACCUUUUGAUUGCUAAACGCGUUGGAACAUUUAGAAUGCCAUAUUAUACAAGCUGGAAAGAAGUAAUAUAUUUUAGUGCGAACUUAUUUAAAGUUACUUUUCCAUCGUUAGCAAUGUUAAGUGUUAUCAAUACUAUAGCUGCAAUUUUCCUUGUAUAUAAGCAAUUUAAUUGCAUAUCUUAUAUGGAUCAAAUAUUAACUUUAGAUACAGAAAGAGAUGAUGAUGAGAUGGAUACAAAAUUCUGAAAAUCAAUUAUUUUUUGUUAGUUACAUAAAUUAUUAAAUAAAAUGUUUUGGAUUGUGAAAUCUUCAAAUCAUGUUGCAGUAUUUGUUGUUUGCUUAUAUUUAUAGGUAUGACUGUCAACACAUGCAUGUUUUAUGGGAUAUAUAUGUGUAUAUAUAUAUACAUAUAUAUACAUUUGAAAGCAAACAAGAUUUGUGACAAUA